GCUCUGCUUGCACCAGAUCUUCAACUAUUAAGGACUCGAAUCACUGAUACGGUGCGAGUCUUGGACGAAUUCUCGAAGCUGGCAGAAGAGGGACGAUCAAGAGCUGAAUAUACUGCGCAAUUGAUCAAAGAUAUCUGCGCAUAUUAUGGAUAUUCGCAAUACUUGGCCGAGAAGCUUUUUAAUCUCUUCCCUCCCAAAGAGGCUUUCGCCUUCUUCGAAGCAAACGAAACUCACCGACCUGUUGUUAUUCGAACGAACACUCUGCGUACACACAGACGAGAGUUAGCUCAGGCGCUCAUUAACCGUGGUGUCACUCUCGAGCCUGUGGGAAAAUGGUCUAAGGUUGGUCUUCAGAUCUUCGAAAGUGCCGUCCCCUUGGGAGCCACACCGGAGUACUUGGCUGGUCAUUACAUUCUGCAAGCUGCGUCCUCCUUCCUUCCCGUUAUGGCGCUUGCGCCACAAGAGAACGAACGAAUCCUCGAUAUGGCCUCCGCUCCCGGUGGAAAGACCACUCACAUCGCCGCAUUAAUGAAGAACACCGGAUGUAUCUUCGCCAACGAUAGCAAUAAGGCUCGUGCCAAGGGUCUUAUUGGUAACAUCCAUCGCCUCGGCGCCAAAAACGUGAUUGUAUGCAACUACGAUGCGCGAGAGUUCCCCAAGGUUAUUGGAGGUUUUGAUAGAGUGUUGCUCGAUGCCCCAUGCUCCGGUACGGGAGUCAUUGCCAAGGAUCCCAGCGUUAAGACGAACAAGACCGAAAAGGAUUUCCUCAUGCUUCCGCAUCUGCAAAAGCAAUUAUUGCUGGCGGCUAUCGACUCCGUGGAUCACACAAGCAAGACCGGUGGCUAUAUCGUCUACUCGACCUGUUCCGUGACGGUUGAGGAAAACGAACAGGUGGUACAAUACGCGCUCUCCAAACGCCCGAACGUCAAGCUCGUCGAGACGGGUUUGGUCUUUGGAAAAGAGGGCUUCACGGCAUACAUGGGCAAGACAUUCGACAAAUCCCUGAAGUUGACUCGAAGAUACUACCCGCAUGCCUACAACGUCGACGGGUUCUUCGUAUCCAAGUUCAAGAAGACCGGACCAUCACCCGCCAACAGUUCAGCUGGUGUUACGAACGCACCGAAGAGGGAAACCGAUGAUUUGGACGUCGAUAAGAGACCUAUCUCGGAGACAGAGGAGGAGCAGGAACAGAAGGAAGAUUUUGGAGGCUGGGAUGAGGAGGAGGAUCAGGCUUAUAUUGAGAAGGCCAAGAGGAACCUGUUGCGCAAAAAGGGUAUCGAUCCCAGGGCUAGGAGGGGCGAUGCCAGCAAACAGGGAGCUAAUGGAGCGAGCCCGAACGGGACAAAAAAGUCGACUAAGGCGAAAUAG